CCACUUGGGUUAUUUCUGCUAUCUGUCGCUCUUGGUGCCGCAGUGCUAAGGGUUUGGCAGAUGGGACACUUUUUCUUGGAGUUUGUGUCUCUGGGUGCUGACUCCUGGCAGGCCAGGCCUGGCCUCACGGGGUGGCCCUCCGCUCGCCCUCUUCCUGCCGGCCCCCCUGGGCACUAUGGCCCAUCGGCUUCGGUUUCAUUUUGGCUCAGGCCGCAGCAACACGGCCCCCGAAUCGGAGAUCCUAGAACAGGAGCGAGGAGGAGAUGACUUUUUCAUGGCAUUCCACACGCUACCGCGGUGGAGCAGCCCGCACCCGUGCGCCCAGGCGGGCAUGGAGGAGGGCGGCCUGCAGGAGGCUGAGGGGGCGCUCCCGCGGAGCUCGUCCAUGUUCAUCCCGCAGCUGCUGGGCCCAGUGGACUCGCGGCCCACCCGCAGCUCCUCCAUGCAGAUCUCCCUGCAGCGCAAAGCGGCCGACGGGGCCCCCGAGGGAAGCGGGCUCCCCGAAGGCCUGGAUGGAGACUGCCCUGAGCCCCCCGAGCCCGAGACCCCCCCCAAGAGCUCGUCCCCCCAGGCAGCCCGGGCAUCAGGCCUGCAGGUCAACGGCACCUGCUGCCCCCGCGAGCUCCGCAUCCAGCACCGCGCCUCCAGCGCCGACGUGCGCCAGGUGAGGCUCCUGCCCUUUGGGGCCGAGGGCCAGGCCGGGGUACCCCCCGAGCCCAGGCGCUGGUCCCUGCAGCACGUUCCUGAUGCUUCUGGAAACUCCAGCAAGCGGUGCUUCGUCUUCCAGCUGCAGCAGCCACCUCCCGGAGCUCCGGGCCUGGGGGGUGACUUCAAUUUUGGGUUCACUGGCACCAAGGGGGACAGGCUGGUGAGGUAUCCCCGCAUCCGGCUGGAGAGGAGCACGUCGUACCCGACGCAGCCGCGAGUGGGGCGAGGGAGCCCCACCGAAGAACGGGGAUCCCCCGGGCAGCCGGGGACACCACCCCGGGGGCGCAGGGGGCCUCCUGAAAUCCACAGGACGAAUUCCAUGGAAAGGACACCCCAGGGGCAGGGCUGCACGUUCAAGAUCAGGCAAGACCAAAAUGCAGGGCAAAAGCAUUUCAGGAUUCUGGUGACUCGAGGACUGGAAGAAGCGCCCCAGAACCCCGAGGAGAAUGAGUCCUCCAGCCCAGCUCCCACGGCUGCUAGUGCCCCGACACGUGACGACUUCCUGGGACAGGUGGACGUGCCUCUCAGUCACCUCCCGACAGAAGAUCCAACCAUGGAGCGACCCUACACAUUUAAGGAUUUUCUCCUCAGACCAAGAAGUCAUAAAUCUCGCGUGAAGGGAUUCUUGCGACUGAAAAUGGCCUACAUGCCCAAAAACGGAGGUCAGGAUGACGACAGUGGCGAGCAGAGGGACGACAUGGAGCAUGGCUGGGAGGUUGUGGACUCCAAUGACUCGGCUUCUCAGCACCAGGAGGAGCUCCCUCCCCCGCCUCUGCCCCCGGGCUGGGAAGAAAAAGUGGACAAUUUAGGCCGCACCUACUAUGUCAACCACAACAACCGCACCACCCAAUGGCAUCGACCGAGCCUGAUGGAUGUGUCCUCGGAGUCUGACAGUAACAUCCGGCAGAUCAACCAGGAGGCCGCACACAGGCGCUUCCGUUCCCGCAGACACAUCAGUGAGGACCUGGAGCCAGAGCCCUCUGAGGGGGGGGAUGGCCCCGAGCCUUGGGAGACCAUUUCGGAAGAAGUGAAUAUCACCAGCGAGUCCCUCAGCCUGGCGCUGCCUCCUCCGCCAGCCUCCCCUGUAUCCCGGACCAGCCCUCAGGAGCUGUCAGAGGAGCUGAGCAGAAGACUCCAGAUCACCCCAGACUCCAAUGGGGAGCAGUUUGGGUCUUUGAUUCAGCGGGAGCCCUCGUCGCGGUUGAGGUCCUGCAGUGUCACCGACGCCGUCGCAGAACAGGCUCAUCUCCCACCGCCCAGCGCCCCGGCUAGGAGAGCGCGUUCAUCAACUGUCACAGGUGGUGAGGAGCCAACGCCAUCAGUGGCCUAUGUACACACCACGCCGGGCCUCCCGUCAGGCUGGGAAGAAAGGAAAGAUGCUAAGGGACGCACAUACUAUGUCAAUCAUAACAAUCGAACCACCACUUGGACUCGACCUAUCAUGCAGCUUGCAGAAGAUGGUGCCUCUGGAUCCGCCUCAAACAGUAACAACCAUCUAAUCGAGCCCCAGAUCCGCCGGCCUCGUAGUCUCAGCUCGCCAACAGUAACUUUAUCUGCCCCACUGGAGGGUGCCAAGGACUCACCCAUACGUCGGGCUGUGAAAGAUACCCUAUCCAAUCCACAGUCCCCUCAGCCUUCACCUUACAACUCCCCCAAACCACAACACAAAGUCACACAGAGCUUCCUGCCGCCCGGCUGGGAGAUGAGGAUAGCGCCCAACGGCCGACCCUUCUUCAUUGACCAUAACACAAAGACCACAACGUGGGAAGAUCCGCGCCUGAAAUUUCCAGUGCACAUGCGGUCAAAGGCAUCUUUAAACCCCAAUGACCUUGGCCCUCUUCCUCCCGGCUGGGAAGAAAGAAUUCACUUGGAUGGCCGGACCUUUUAUAUCGAUCACAACAGCAAAAUCACUCAAUGGGAAGACCCAAGACUGCAAAACCCAGCAAUUACUGGUCCGGCUGUUCCUUACUCCAGAGAAUUUAAGCAAAAAUAUGACUACUUUAGGAAGAAAUUGAAGAAGCCUGCUGAUAUUCCAAAUCGGUUUGAAAUGAAGCUGCACAGAAACAACAUCUUUGAAGAGUCCUACCGGAGGAUCAUGUCUGUAAAAAGACCCGAUGUCCUCAAAGCCAGGCUGUGGAUCGAGUUCGAGUCGGAGAAAGGGCUGGACUAUGGGGGUGUGGCCAGGGAGUGGUUCUUCCUGCUGUCCAAAGAGAUGUUCAACCCCUACUAUGGGCUCUUCGAGUACUCUGCCACGGACAACUACACACUUCAGAUCAAUCCCAACUCGGGCCUCUGUAACGAAGACCAUUUGUCCUACUUCACUUUCAUUGGAAGAGUUGCUGGCCUAGCAGUAUUUCACGGGAAACUUCUGGAUGGUUUCUUCAUUCGACCAUUUUACAAAAUGAUGUUGGGGAAGCAGAUCACCCUGAACGACAUGGAAUCCGUGGAUAGUGAAUAUUACAACUCUCUGAAAUGGAUCUUGGAGAAUGACCCAACGGAGCUGGACCUCAUGUUCUGUAUCGAUGAGGAGAACUUCGGGCAGGUGGGUGUGGCCAUGGCAGCAGCUCUGUUCCCCUGGGACGUGCACAGAAUCUUUUACUUCUUCCCAGGUUGUAACAGGACUUUUCCAAUAGGUGACUAUUUUUUUUUAUUUUCUUUCUUUCAGGGAUUCACUGAAUUGCUUCCUAUUGAUUUGAUCAAAAUUUUUGAUGAAAAUGAACUGGAGCUGCUGAUGUGUGGCCUUGGGGACGUGGACGUGAAUGACUGGAGACAGCACUCGAUUUACAAAAAUGGCUACUGCCCAAACCACCCCGUCAUCCAGUGGUUUUGGAAGGCCGUGCUGCUGAUGGACGCUGAGAAGCGGAUCCGGUUACUGCAGUUCGUCACGGGGACGUCCCGAGUACCUAUGAAUGGAUUUGCCGAACUUUAUGGUUCCAAUGGUCCUCAGCUGUUUACAAUAGAGCAAUGGGGGAGUCCUGAAAAGCUGCCCAGAGCUCACACAUGCUUUAAUCGCCUUGACUUACCUCCAUAUGAAACCUUUGAAGAUUUACGGGAGAAACUUCUCAUGGCUGUGGAAAAUGCUCAGGGAUUUGAGGGGGUAGAUUAAGCCCCCACCUGGCCCCCGGCCUCCCCCGGGUGGUGGUUCAUCCAGCAAGUCCUGUUCGCACUUUUGCAUUUGCCUCCCAGACUUUGCAGCGACGCCCAGCUCUGAAGAGCAGCUCCACAGCCUGGCUUCCCCGAGUAGAGCCGGAGCUGGAGCCAGAGCCGGCGCCCGUGAACUUGCCCAAGUGCAGACGCAGGAACCCCCAUUCCAGGUCACGUUCCUACAUUUGCCGCCAUCCACUUCUCAACUGGCUGAUGUGUACACUAAUUACCUUUCAGGAGGACUCGUUCUAUUUAUGUUGUGCCUCUGUAGGCAAAGCCCUUAAUAAUAAAUAUUUUACAUACUUUAUAAUGACAACGAAUGGAAUUAAUCACUCCUCCGGGUAUAGUAUUACAGCUCAUGUUUACUUUUUAAAAAAUGAUUUAGACUGAUUUUCAGCUUCUAUUCCCAUUAAAGAUGUCUCAUGUACUUUGAACAGUGAACACAUUUUAUUUUUGUUUUUGUAUUUGAAUUUCAUAUCGGGUUUCAUGUCAGUGACGUUGUUAUUUUGGAACUAUUUUGACACCCUCCCCUUUACUUGAUGAGUACUUGCAAGACUGAUUGUUGUCACCCCCUCACCCCCCCAAAAAAAGACUUCCAUAGGCAUGUCCUUUAAGUGUAUUAAGACUAUCACAUUGGGUAUAAUGAUUGGGUUUUUUUUCACUCCUACUCAGAGAAAAUGAAAACCAACUCGAAAUUACUUUUUAUUUAUUUAUUAUUUAUUUGUUUUUGUACAAUGUUAGCCUACUUGCCACAGGCUGCAACAACUGUAGCCUCGCAUGGCCGCCUUUUCUGUUGUGUUGAUGGAAGGAAGCCACCAACGCAUCCUGCAGAGGGCUGGACUCUUCGCUUCCUGGAAGAGCCAUCACUUAGCCCUCCUGGACUCUGUACAGCGUUCUGUCAGCCACCUCCCUUCCACUUUGCUGUCAACCAUAGAGACAUCCUCACGGCUCAAGUGUGAGCCCCUGGAAGCCAGAUCCAUUUUCAUCUCCUCCUUGACUGGCAAACCCAUUUGCAUCCUAAUGGCACCCACCCUGAAGGCACUGAAUGUCCUGCCUGGUUUUGUGUCCAUCCUGUUCUUUCCUUUAUCUUCAGCGGCAAAUGUAGACAACCCUUUCUUCUCCCUGCACAUCUCUCUCCAGUGCCGCUGCUGCGACUGGCGAGUCUGCCUGCUGGCGUUUAAGCCUGGGAUGUACAGCUGAGGCUCCCAGCCCCGUCCUCCUCAUCCACCAUUCUGUGACUACACUUAUAGUGACCACUCAGAAGGCUUGUUCCAGCCACACCUGCUCUCGCCAAACUCCCUCAUCUGUGACCCCUUGCAUGCCUCGAUACUGUACUUGCCUGCAUUGUGUCUAUGUGUGUGCUUGGUUCACACUGAGAGAGGAGAUGGGAUUUGAUGUCUGGGGCCCAGCUGGGGUCGGCUGGCUGUGGCAGAGAAGAUGGGAAGAUGGACAGUUUGAUUCUGUAUGAGUCUUUCUUACAGAGUUCUGUCUCGCUUUGAGAGGACACCUGAGGCAGUGAGGGAGUUCAGCAAUCUUGUCUUUUUUAACCUGUGUCAUCUAGACCUAUCAAGGGCCUCUAGGGACAUCUCUCUCUCUCUCUCCCUCUCCCUCUCCUUCUCUUUCUCUCUCUUUCCUCUCUCUCCCUUUCCUCUCUCUCUCUCUCUCUCUCUCUCACACACACACACACACACAUUGAUCUUCAGGACUUGGGUUUGUUAAUGUAAGAAAGGCAUUCGGGGGGAAGAAAUUCAUUUGUCCCCAGCUCCAUGUUGGCUGGUGAGAAGCCAUGAAUGUGUUUGUAAGGGGGUUUUCUGUCAAAAGAUAAAAGGAAAGGGGGUUCUGCAGACCGGAGUGCUGGUUCCCUCUCCCUGUUGGCUUUUAAAUAUUCAAGAGUGAUCAGAACCCUAGAGGUUGAAUCGAUUAGGGGGUUGGGGAGACUCAGUAUCUUGUCAUUAUGUAUUGGCAGAACUUCUUUCCUUCUGUAGCCAGGGCAGAUGUUUGCAUGCUAAGAGUCUGCUGUUGCAGGCCCUCUCAGUCCAGACUUGACUUUUGUUUAAGGCUAAGGCCCAAACAUGGGUAGUAGCGCACUCAGCUGGUUUCUGAGAAUCAUCGUGUCUUUGUGAGAGAGGAGCCCAGUGGUUCUAGCCUGAGGACUAGGAUACUUCUGCCACUUUGUAAAUUCUGUCCUUCAAAACUUGAGACUUUGCUAAAUACAGAUGCCCCCCAAGUACUGAAAAUCUGAAAGGAACCCAUUCUGAAAUCAUGCCUAAGCCAAGACAGGACUUGGUGAACGAUUGUUGUGACAGCUUAGCUCAUCUGCCCUUUAAUGUCAAAGGCCAGCCAAAUAGUGUUGGGUCUGUCUCAUACUUUCUCUUUAUCAGGGCAGAGGAGACCAGAGCACCAUGCUAAUAUAUGUGGUGUUGGGGGUCAAACCCAGGGCCUCAUGCAUGGAAGGGAUGUGCUCUACCCACUGAGCCACCUUCCCAACCCCAUGUGUGUUUUGCUAUCGAUUUUAAUCCAAAUAAGUUUCCCAAACUCUCAUUUUAGUCAGUGUUUUACUCCUUUGUCUAAAAACAGUCAUGUUUCUUGUUUUGUCAUAUCCCGAUGAUAACUCUCUUAUCUUCCUGAUGCGAGUACAGAUUAUAAAAAGAGUAGACGGGAAUUCUUAGGGUCUGGAGGAAGCAAUGGGAUCCUCUAUUCUUGUUGUCCUUAUCCAUGUUGCUUAUUCUUGUGCUUAAUAUCUGCUUUCUUUUUUUUUUAAAAAAAAAAUCCCCUCCAUCUGGCUUCUUCAGUUUUCUGAAGCAAAUAAAGUGUUUCCUGGGUCGUUUUGCCAUGAAGUAAAGAAGUCAGUUUCAGAAUUCUCAGGCUGCUUGUGCAAGGUCUUUUCAUACUAGUCACCACUGCCUGGGUAUUCCUCCUUCCCCAUGUUGGCAGAAAUACAAAUCUGGACGGUCUCCCCUGGGAGUUUGGCUUCAAAUGGGGUACUGAUCUCCAGCUGCCCCUGCUGGGGUCCUGGCAGGCAUUGAAGUGUCCUCAGCUUCAGCGCCCUUGUCCUCCCUGCCUGCACCAUCUCCCAUUAUUUGCUUCUCAGCAGUCGGCCCUCUGCCAAACCACAGAAGGGGAAGAUGCAUCUGGAAUGUCCUACUUCCCAGACCCUCUCGGUAACAGCCAUCAGAGGUCCCCUCACGUCCCAAGACAAAAUAAUAACAUCAAGUGGCCUGGCUCGCAGUGUGCCACAGAAGAUUUAUCGUUGGAUUCUGUCGGAAGGCCUGCCCCGUGCUCGACCUGCCUUCUGUGUCUCCCCAGUGCUCAGUAGACAGUGCGGGCUGCUGUUGUCUGACCUGACGCACUGCACGGUGGCUCUUGAAAGCCCAGUUUAUCCGCAGCAGAUGCCUAAUUCUUCUAACCUUGACUGAUUGUUAGACGCUCAACUCUCACAGGUCUUCCCAAAGUCUUGUCUCUCCCUUCUGAGAUGUUCAAGUCUAGAAACAAGGCCUGGCUCAUCACUUCUCAGGGCCUCGCCCGCAGUGCUGGUAUUCUUGUCCCUCUCCUCCCCACUUUGCGUCCUGUAACCUGCAGGGGGAACGGGGGAGGUGCUUCCUGCUGUCAUUUUCUGCCUCACCAGUAGGGGGUGCUCCUGUGCAGGGGACCUGCCUUACCUGCUCCCUGCCACUCCUCCUUCCCUCCCUCUUUCCUUCCCUCCCCCCCAGAACCUCAUGUACUACCUCUCCCCCCCCCCCCCAUUUGGGCUUUGGGAAACAUGGUGAUCAGUCAUAUCAAAACUGCCAAAUUCAGGAGGGACACAUGUUUUUUUUUUUAUUUUUUAAAAAUCCUUACAAACUCCACUUUGUACUUUGGAUUUUAAAACCCAGGGGGUGGGAGGGGAGGUAGGAGAUCUUUGGACCACAUUUUUAAUUUCUCAAAGCCUUAAGGAACGAUCCAUGUGUGCACACAACACUAGCAUGUGAAGCGCUAUACAUAUAUAUGUAUACAUAUACAUAUUUUUUUUGAUGAGGGGGAUAAAAUAAAACAUGGCUCUCACCUGCCCUUCACUUCAAAGUGUUGGGUGCAAAACAAAGCCUGUGUCACCUGCAUGUGUUUGUGUCCGGUGCUCCAGUGAGGUUGUCUGCCUUCUUUGCCUUCCAUCUGCACAUGGGAAGCUUUUGUGUGCCCAGAAUCCUGGUGUCUGCAGGCAGGUGUGUCCCCGGAGAAGCCAGGUGUCCCUCUUACUCGUUCUGACGUCACCUAAAAUGUGACGCUUUCCUUCAUGUUAAAACUCCGGGGAACUUGGAGUUAUUCCCUUAUUCUCUAUAUGUAGCAUGUACACUCGUUGUAUGUACAUAUGCCAUCCACAUGUCUAUGUUGUUACCUAUGUGUGCAUUCCCCCCCUAUUUUUGAGUGAUCUGGUUGUGAAAGGGAGUGAGCACUUGCCCCCUUACAGUUUUCUCCAAGCUGCAUCCCCCAAAAUUUUGACCCUCUGAACCUGAGACCACUCCCAGAAGAUGCUGUUAAUUUGCUGUCAUUUCCUUAUUCAGAAUCAGAUAUUGAAGGGAACGGAAGGAAGGAAGGAAGGAAGGAAGGAAAGAAGGAAGGAAGGAAGGAAGGAAGGAAGGAAGGAAGGAAAGAAGGAAGGAAGGAAACAUGGAAGGAAGAAGUGACUUUUAAGGUGGACAGCACUUCAAGCAUUACAAAUGAAAUUCUCAGUGUUUCAUAGCUUUUUUUUUUUAUUACUAAUCCCACUCCUCAUAGAAAGCCAAGUACUAUUUGAUACAGUGAUUAAAAACCAAACCACUUUGAGGUUUUUUUUUUAGAAGACAAUUUAGGGAUGAUGCUCGUUUUCACAAUUAGAAUAGCUUUAAAAUAAUGGUGGAAUUUGAUACAGGGGAUGUGUUGUUUUAAAGAACAAAUCUGUUUUUGCUUUCGUGUUAUAUUUUUUUUCUCUUGAGAGAUCUAAAGAGAACUUGUAGAUUGUUUUCCUGACAGCGAAAGAGUCAUGUCACAAAAUGAAGUCAUUGUACAGAAGUGAUGCAACUUGUCAAAUACUUAAUAAAGACUUACGGAAGCUGGAA